AUGGCCCCCCAAACUCCCAGAAGGAAAAGCACUUCAUCGGUCAACACCAUUCGCCGAAGCAGCCCAACGUUGAGCAUCUGCUCCCUCAGCACAACCCGCACUAUGUCACCACUCUCGGACGAAAAGACUCUAAGAGCUUUAGCAAUUCGCUCCCGACGAUUCCGUGCGACUCUUUCUCCCAUCCAAGAAGAGAAAGAUAGUCGCAUCCACCGCACAGCACGUCCCACCAUAUCUAGCAUUACCCGACAUAAAUACAAUGCACACCGAAACGUUGCAUGUGGGAUAUGCAAGAAAGAUCACCGACUGGUGACAUGCUCAAAGUACAUAGCCAUGAACAUCAAGCAAAAGUUUGAGGCAGUAACGAAACACAAAUAUUGCAUUAAUUACUUGGCCAGAUCGCACCGGACAAAGGAUUGCACGAGUGAGAGGAGGUGUUCCACAUGCAAUGGAAAGCAUCAUUCCACCCUGCAUGGGUACCCAAGAUUAUAUACUCACGUCGCGAAAACGAAGGGAGACCGAAAGGUCGAAACCCAUCGCUUUACCUCAAAUACAGGACCCCCUUCAUUACUGGCCAAGCAGACCCUAAUACCAACGGCAUUCAUCCGCAUAAAACACUAUGACAAAUGGCAUAAGGUCAAAGCCCUGAUAAAUCCGACCCAAAAAUUAAGCACCAUCAGCUCAGAAUUAGUGAGAAGAUUGAGGUUGCCGAUAACAUAUUUGAAUGAAUAUCGUAUCUGCCAUCUCAAAAUCGGAUCGUUAACCGCCGAGCAGUUGCGACUUGAAGCUCACAUCUUAAUCUCGAAAGAUUUACCCACACGACCCUAUGAGCAGGACAUAAGUGACGAGAUUCGAAAACGUUUCGAUCACUUAGUCCUCGCUGACCCUUCUUUCAACAGAAAAGACCACGUAAUGAUAGCACUUGGAGCGGAUAUAUACCAACGUAUCAUAAAAUCCGGCAUAUUCCACCCCGACAAUGGCACUAUUGCCGCCCAAAACACUGGGAUUGGAUGGACUUUAACUGGAACCAUAAACUAG